UAUAAAGCCGCUGCUACUAAAAAGUAGGUUGGCGAGUAUUUAUUUUUUUGUCUCUCGGUAUAGCUUGUGAUGACUGCUUGACGAUAUUAAAAUACCCUAAGUGGUUUUUAAAAAUGCAGCAUUCUAGAUACAUGAAACUCAGUUGAUUCACUACGUUCAUCAUUAUUCGGUAAUAUUAUUUGAUUAUUUAUUUAGUAUGAAACAUACCGAUGAUCCACCAUCAACUUUAUGCAUCAGAGAUGAUUCUAGAAAACUUCUGGACCCGAAUAGUUUAGUUGAAUUGGCACAUUACGUUGAAAGUGCCAGUAGUUUUGUCAGUGCGAAUGCAUGUUCUCAACUUCGUUUAAUUGUUGAAGAGAUGCAACACUUGAAAUCUCAGGCAAGGGCUAUUUUACAAAACGCACAUAGAGAUAUUCAGUUACAUAAACUUCCCUGUAAUUUCCUAAAAAAGCCCGGAAAUGUCUAUUAUGUGUAUGAAAAAUCAGAUUCUAGCCAGUAUUUCAGUCUACUGUCACCUACGGAAUGGGAUGGCUGUCCGCAUAAAUACAUUGGCGCUUAUAAGCUUCUUCCUGAUAUGUCUUGGAUUUCUAAAGAUGAUCUUGACACCUACGAAUCUAAUCAAAAUGCAGCGCUCCAGAUGAUAAACAAACGCCAAAUAAUGAUGGACUUAAAAAAUACAUAGUUAACCAUGUUUUGUUUACUUAAUGGAUAUUUCGCACAUCGGAGCAAAACGAAGGAUUCAUGACCACCCAUAUUUCAAUUCGAGCGGUGCAAUUUACCACGUAACAGAAACUACUUGUGUUAAUCUGUCAUUAUAUACUGACGCUUAGGGUUUUGACUGUCCAUCUUGUCUGUUUUUUUGAUUUUGCUUUUUAUCAAGAAAUUUUUCACUUAUACUAGCUUUUGACGGACAGUCCUCACUUUUUAUUAAUUCUGUAAAUUCUUCCUUCUUGAAUUAUGUUUGAUUUUUCCGACAUUUACUAUUGCCGGUAUAACUACAACUUCCAUUGCUUUGUCAUUCAUUGUAAUUUUAUCUCUCUAUGUCGAUAUACUGUUAGAACUUAAUCGACCGUCCAUUUGUGCCAUAUAUGUAGUAUGACUGACCUAAUUGAUUAUAAAUACAUAUUUUGCACAGUUCAUAUGUAUUUAAAAGAACUCAACUUUAAAUAAAUUGAUUCGAAACGAGA